AUGACAAGUACAGAAGAACAUUCUGGAACAUCUAGAUUUGCAGCACUUUCAGAAAUGAACUCAAGUGAGUUGAAUAUUGUCAGCAUUGAUCAUUGCUACUGCAAGCCAUGGAGUUCUCACCCAGAUGCAAGCAACACAAGGCCACUACAUAUGCUGUUUAUGGAGGCUUUUCCUCACAGUUCCAGUCAAGAAAAGCCAAGGUCCACAGAUGUUAUAGAUGUAGUCGGCCAUGAUGAUAGAACACCUUGUAAAUAUGUUGACAAAGUUGAAUCUAUGUUGUCAAAUCGUGUAGUUAGUCAUCUUGGUUAUGCUGAUGAUAAAGAUGAUUGGGAAGAUCACAUAACAUCUCUAAGAAGUACGUGGUCAGUUUUGCAAAAUAGAAUAUUUGCAAAAGUAAUGAGGGUGCUUCAGGCUGACAGGCUUGCCAGAUUGUCUGUUCAAGGGAUAAUAAAUGAGUCAGUUCAAAGAAGACUUCAGAUAGAUAAAGCUGCAAGACGGGUUAGAUUUUGUUUCGGCAAUGUUGGCUGGGAUAUGACAUUGAUCAUGUGGCUUCAUAAUCUGUUACUGGACAAUUUAAGGGGUCAGUUGUUGACUUCUUAUUUGGAAGUAAUUUUUUCCCUGAAAUCAAAGAUUCCAUCACUAAUGGAGCAUUUGAUUGAAGGUGUAACAUCCAGACAGGGAUUAGCUUUGGAAUCUGAAAGUGAAUUCUCUAAGAUGAACUCAGAUCCCAUUCUUUCUAAUGCUAAUCUGCAAAAGAUUAAGAAAUUACCUGAUAAUCCAAUUCUGUUGAUGAUCUCUACCACUCCUGUGGAAAAUAAGCGACAUCAGCUUUGGCAGCAACAGCUGUCAGCCAUGGGGAAAGUUGUCAGUGUUUUUCCAGACAGUACUAAUUCUAAUAUACAAACUACCAGUUUUGUGGAAAACAUGUUCACUGCAACCAGAGCCAAGAUUAUGGAGGUUAAAAGCCAUUUUGCAGGAAGACCCAUUAUUCUUAUUGGUUGGCAUAUCGGAGCGUUAGUAGCUGCUCAUGUUGCUGUUGUGGAGUUUGUCACUGGAGUUGUUUGUUUGGGAUUUCCAACCACUGGAAUCUAUGGAGAUCGUGGGGAAAUAGAGGAUUCAUUCUACACCUGUAAAACUCCAACAUUGUUUGUUGUUGGCCAGCAUGCAAACAGCUCUUCCAUUGACAGUCUAGAGAACAUCCGUGAGAAAUUGAAGGUAGAAACAAGUCUACUACUGAUUGGUGGUGCUGAUGAUCAACUUCGAGUAUCUCAUGCUAAGAAACUAAGCUAUGAUGUCACUCAGGCAGUGGUAGAUAGAUUCAUAAUGGAGGAGAUGUUUGCAUUCUUGGGCACCAUCCUAUCACAGCGUCUGCUGAAAUCUGAGGUUACAGAAGAGACAGAGGUCAUAAGAAAACAAAGGAAGAGGAAACAUAAAAGUAUUCUAGCUGCAUGCUCACAGACAUCAAAACAG